AUGAGCGUAGAAGUGGUGAAGAAAGAGGAAAUGCAUACUCUGGAUAGGAAACAUAAACUAGAAGACUCACAAAGUGAAUUGGUGGAUGGACACGACAGUUCUAGUUGGCAGAGUAAUGGGAAGAAGAAACAGGUAAUAGUACCUAUAUGCACACCAAAGAUUCAUUAUACUCCUUUAAAAACCGGUCUUUGUUACGAUGUUCGAAUGCGGUAUCAUGCAAAGAUAUUCACCUCGUAUUUUGAAUAUAUCGAUCCUCAUCCCGAGGAUCCAAGAAGAAUAUACCGUAUCUACAAAAUACUAGCUGAAAACGGUCUCAUAAAAGAUCCCACGUUAAUUGGUGCUGAUGAUAUUGGUGAUUUAAUGCUCAAAAUACCUGCUAGAGCAGCUACCGACGAAGAGAUUCUGCAAGUACACUCCAAAGAGCAUCUUGACUCCAUAGAGAAAGUUUCCAAAAUGAACCGUGAACAGUUACUGAAGGAGACAGAAAGUGGAGACUCAGUUUACUUUAACAAUGACUCCUACUUUGGAGCCAAAUUAUCAUGUGGAGGUGUCAUUGAGGCUUGCAAAGCUGUUGUUGAGGGAAGAGUAAAAAAUUCCAUAGCUGUCGUGAGGCCUCCUGGCCAUCACGCCGAACCUGAGGCUGCUGGUGGCUUUUGCUUAUUCAGCAACGUUGCAGUCGCUACACAAAAUAUUCUUAAGAAUUAUCCAGAGAGUGUAAGGAGAAUUCUAAUUUUGGACUGGGAUAUUCAUCAUGGUAACGGCACGCAAAAAGCUUUUUAUGAGGAUGAUAGAGUUCUUUAUAUCUCUAUACACAGAUAUGAGGGAGGAAAGUAUUACCCCGGUACAAUUCACGGCAGAUAUGAUCAGGUCGGAGAGAGCAAAGGUGCCGGUUUUAAUUGUAAUAUUACAUGGCCUGUUGCAGAAGUUGGUGAUUCAGAAUACAUGCUGGCUUUUGAGGAGGUUGUGAUGCCCAUGGCAAGAGAGUUCCGACCUGAUUUUGUUAUCAUCUCAUCUGGAUUUGAUGCUGCAGAAGGAGAUACCAUCGGCCGAUGUCAUGUCAGUCCAAGCUGCUAUGGACAUAUGACACACAUGCUGAAAUCAUUGGCUAGAGGAAACAUGUGUGUAGCACUUGAAGGAGGAUAUAGUUUAGACGCUAUUGCAAAAAGUGCUCUUAGCGUUGCGAAAAUACUUAUCGGCGAGCCACCUGACGAGCUACCGGACCCCAAAAAGACCCCAAAAAUCGAGGCUGUUGAAAUGAUCAAUAAGGUUAUUCGCAUUCAAUCUAAACACUGGAAUUGCUUCAAGUACAAAAAUGGUAAUGCUGGCUACAAAUUUAACGAAGAAAUAACGGAAUCUCUCAUCAGUAGGACAUUCCCACUUCAAAAGGCAAUCCGUGAAGAGCAAUUGCGACAACUGGCAAAAAAUUAUGGAUUCAUAACUCUUCCUUUGAAUGAAAUAGAGGUUCCAGAAGACACCAUUUUAUGCUCACCCGAUAUCUUUCAAGAAAAAACGAUCAUAAUAUUAGUGCAUGACACACCUGAAAUAUGGGCUGCAGGAGACACAAUAACUGGUUUAAUUGAUCCAUCAACUUCUAUCAUUGUAGAUUCCACUCUGGACUUUCUCAAAUGGGCUGUAGAUCGCAAAUAUGGUGUUAUUGAUGUGAACGUUCCACAGUCAUUAUAUGAACAAGACAAUUACUCUGCAAUGAUAACUGCACAGGAAAUUUUAUUGAAUCUAUGGGAUAACUUUAUCAAAUUUUUACCGUCAAUUGCGAAAGUCGCUUUUAUUGGUGUAGGUGACGCAUAUUCAGGAAUUGUUCAUCUGCUUGGUCAUAGAGAUACUAGAACUUUGGUGAAAUCAUCAGUCAGUUUUGUCGGUAGAAAACCCUUGAAACCACUCGUUCCCUUAGUAGACGAAUCGUUAAGCGAUUGGUACUUUAAAAACUCUCUGGUAUUUACCGAUAAAAACCAUCCUUGUUGGGUAGAUAAUGAGAAUAAGAAGCCAAGAAAAAAGUUUGGAAGGGUGUUAAGGUGUGAGUCAGACGGCUUAAGCAGCAAUAUGCAGGAAAGGUUCGAAGAAGGAACAGAUUUUAUUUUGGACUCUUUCGAGGAAUGGAGCGAUAGUGAUUGA